AUGUCUUCUGGUCGUUCAAUUCCUACGGAGGAUAGAAUUAGCGACUUGCCGGACUCAAUUCACUGCCACAUUCUCUCCUUCCUUCCAACCAAAUUCGUUGCAACCACAAUGAUUCUCUCAAAGAGAUGGAAACCGGUAUGGCUCUAUGUCCUUAUUCUUAACUUCGAUGACAAAGAGUUCAAUGACUUUGAGACAUUUCGCAAGUUUGUUUAUUCAACCAUGUUCUCCUUGCGAGACAAAAAGACUUGGAUCCAAUCGUUUACCUUGAAAUUAUGCUACUAUUCUCGCUUCAAACAACGAGAAUUGAAUAGAAUUUUUAAAUUUGUGGUGCAACGAGGAGUCAAGAAUCUUAACUUCGACUUGUCUGGUAUAUCACAUUGUAUCAAAUUACCUCCUUGCAUUUUCAGUUGUAAGACGCUUCAGGUUCUUAGGUUGGAGAACAUAAAAAUGUGGGAUUUUGAUCAAGUGAAUUUUCCUUGUCUCAAAACUCUUCAUUUGAAUAAUGUUGAUUUCAAAUCUCCUAUAUAUUUUGCAAAGUUUCUAUAUGGCUGCCCUAUUCUAGAAGAUUUGAAUGCAAAAUCACGUACCUUCUGGAAAUCAAUUGAUCCCAUGGAAAACUUGAAUGCUUUACCUAGUUUGGUCAAAGUAAGGAUUUGUUAUAAUACAGAUAUUCCGAUGUCUUUGGUUUGUAAGACGGGAAUUUUGCAAAUAGAACAGAUAUGGGAGAUGACUUGGAAACCACUUCCCAUGUUUCACAAUUUGACUCACAUGGAACUUACUUUUUGGCUUAGCUUAUUGAAGAGGGAGUGCAGGUCGUUGAAAGAAAUACUCCCAAAAUUUCCCAAUCUUCAACAUUUUAACAUUAAUUUGAUAUCAGGGAAUAGUAGAGGUGCAACAUAUAUUUGUUCUGAAUGUUCGAAGGUUGUUCCACCCAAUCCCACCAUUGCUCCAGAAUGUCUUUCCUCACAGCUUAAAACAUUUAGCAUUCAAUGUUCCACAGACACAGAAAACAUCAACAAUUUUAUAGGUGUGGAUGGUUCUGUGUUGUUGAGUGUGAACUCGUAUUCUGCAUAUCAUCAGUUCUAUAUGUCAGCGUUUUAUUACUGA